UGUGGCAGUGUUGCGGUGUUGUCGGAGACAGCUGGAGCGGAGCUGGCAGACUGACGCCUUUCUCUGCGGUUUUAAUGUGAAUUUCCGCCGCUUGUUGCGCUCUCCACGACCACACGCUAUUCAUGAAUACCUCGGACAGUGAAGAGGACUAUUGUAACGAGCGGACUGCGCUAGUGCAGUCCGAAAGUCCGUCUUUGCAACCUUACAACCGGCAACAUGACCCGCCUCAUCCUCAGGACCCCCAGGCCAAACGGCGUCGACCUGCUGGCUCAGACUCAGCGGAGAUGGGGCGUCCUUCCCACAGCGUUGCUGUGGCGACCGCAGAGCAGGAUCCCGGCUCUGCCCCGGACGGUGAGGAUGAGGAGCUAACACUGAAGUAUGGUGCCAAGCAUGUCAUCAUGCUCUUCAUCCCAGUCACGCUCUGCAUGGUGGUCGUCGUGGCGACCAUCAAGUCCAUCGGCUUCUACACUGAGAAAAAUGGACAGCAUCUGAUCUACACUCCCUUCACAGAGGACACGAACUCCGUGGGCCAGAGGUUGUUGCACUCUAUGCUCAACACGAUCAUUAUGCUCAGUGUCAUCGUGGUCAUGACCAUCUUCCUGGUGGUGCUCUACAAGUAUCGCUGCUACAAGUUCAUUCAUGGCUGGCUGAUCCUGUCCUCUUUAAUGUUGCUCUUCUGGUUCAGUUACAUGUACCUGGGUGAGGUGUUCAAGACGUACAACGUUGCAAUGGACUACCCGACAGUGGCAAUGAUCAUCUGGAACUUCGGCACGGUGGGGAUGGUGUGUAUCCACUGGAAGGGCCCCCUACCGCUUCAGCAGGCCUACCUGAUCAUCGUCAGCGCCCUCAUGGCCCUCGUCUUCAUCAAGUACCUGCCUGAGUGGUCCGCCUGGGCUAUACUGGGCGCCAUCUCUGUCUAUGAUCUGCUAGCCGUGCUGUGUCCGAAGGGUCCCCUGCGUAUGCUGGUGGAGACCGCUCAGGAGAGGAACGAGCCGAUCUUCCCCGCCCUCAUCUAUUCCUCAACCAUGGUCUGGAUCAUAGGAAUGGCCAACCCAUCUGCAGGCUCAAAUGCUGCAGACCUGAUUACAGAUGAGGAAUUGCAUCAUAAUGAGGAAGGAGCUAUGGAGAGGCCAGAGGCAGAGCCUGGAAGGGAGACGCCCCACAGACAGAGCAGGACCUACUCGGUGGAGGAGCUGGAGGAAGACAGGGGGGUGAAGUUGGGUCUGGGAGACUUCAUCUUCUACAGUGUCCUUGUGGGCAAGGCAGCAGCCUCGGGUGGAGACUGGAACACCACGCUCGCCUGUUUCGUGGCCAUACUGAUUGGUCUCUGUCUUACUCUCUUAUUACUGGCCAUCUUUAAGAAGGCUCUGCCCGCACUGCCGAUCUCCAUCACGUUCGGACUGAUCUUUUACUUCUCCACGGACAACCUGGUGCGGCCCUUCAUGGACAAUCUGGCAGCCCAUCAGUACUAUAUCUGACCAGGGCGCCGACUACGAGAUCCAGAGGGUUGUCCAGUUGCUGCAAAGCCAAGGGAACACUCCAGUGGCCUUGGUGUAACAUAAUCCAGUGAGAAUGACAAAACGUCUGUGUACCCUCAUACGUCCGCUGGUUUUGGUCUGUUCUGAGAAGACAGGAUGUUCUCCCUGGCGACAGCCACAGUAGUCUGAUGGAUGGAUGCAGGGCUAAUGAAACGAAACGGUGUCUGCGCUGGACAGUUUUGGAAUACUGAUGGAACCGAAGGUUGGGAAUGAUCAGCCGUGUGUAUCAAAUGUCCAAGAACAAGCUUUGGUUUUGUUUUAUUUUUGUUUUGUGUUUUUGUGUACAUAUCCAAAAUUACCAAAAUUGGAUAUGUAAAAGAUCCCAGAGCCGUGUUCUUGGAUGUCUGGUAGGUAGGUGUGCUGGCGUUUCAGGUCAGCUCUUGUCUUACUCGUCUCAGUGACACUACCUGUUUCAGGUGUGGAUCUCUCCCCCCCCCCCCAGUCAUUACACCCUUUGUGUUUUAUGCUGUAAUUCACUGAAAUUGGCAAGAAAUGAAUUGUCCAAAGUGUUCUAUCUUCAGGCAGAUAAAGCCUAAACACAGAAUUACCUGUGUUUCCUGAGGGCACGUAGCAUUUUAGUUGCUUGGAAGCCUGUGCUGUUCUAUAAUACUGGACUGAUAUUAAUAUUCCUUAAAUGAAUUAAUCAAUGAAGUUUUGUUUGGAAGGUGAUGUGGAACAGCUAAUUUGUUAAGUUUUAGGAAUGAUAUAUACAUUUAUAUAUAAUGUACUUUAACCUUUUUUUAUGCAUGACAAUUUGACCAGUAAUGAAGCAGCACUAGAUUAACAUUAAAUUAUGUUUACUAAUCACCUACUGUGAAUUUACCUAAUCAAAAGAGCCUAUACUGCAGUGUGACACACAUGCAUUUGAUUUAGAUCAGGUUCAGCCCAACCCCAGAGGUAGUAACUUUUCAGAUGUUGCUUUGUGUUACAUGCAAGCUACGCAGGCAGCAGAUCAUGCCUCUUCUGAAACUGCUGUCUGUAGUAAGUCAAGACUUUAAACCAUGACAUGCUAUAGAACAGUGCUUUUGCAUUCACUCAGAGUAUGGAAUCUUUAUAUCAAAGAUGUAAUGUAUAUAUUUUAUAGAAUGUAAUUAUGGUGUAAAAUUUAGUGGUUUUGUAUGUUUACACAUUGUGAGUUUACUUCACCUCUUUGUUGUCUCAUUUUGGAUUUACAUCCUUUUCUUCUGUAACAACUGGACAAUAAAAUUCAAAACCAGCAA